CAUUCUCUCAAUUUAACAUAUAUUUUUUUUUACAUAACUUGAUUUGAUUGAUCCCACCAACCCUUCACAGAACCAGAAAAAACUAAGUUUGCAAUUAGAAAUUCAAUUGAGAAAUUUACAUAUUGCAUCUCAUCUCAUCUCAUGAUCAGAAACCAAUCUCUUGCGCAUAUCGUAUCUCAUCUCAUAUUAUUUAUAUCGCAUUGUUUGUGUGUAUUUGAAUUUGAGCAAUUCAUGCAACAAAGAGUGAGCCAGCUACCAAUGAGAAGUUAUAAAGUAUAAAGUCUCAGAGUCAAGUCAAAAGUCAGAAGAAGUGAAGGGUGGAAUUUUUAAUAGGAGGAGGAAGUGCAUAAAAUUGGUUUGGCAUGGUCGAUUGACCGAUAGUCUCGUAUCUGUCAGCAGUGUCAGCGUCAUCAUUGUAUGCAUUGACUUGAGAUGUGAAAGUGAGACUUGUUGUGCUUAUCUCAUGUAUGUAACAUAACGCUAAGAAAAUAUUUAUGUAACUAAAAAAUAAUAUACUAAUUUUUGACGUAGCUUAGAGAAUUGUGUGUAUGCAUGUGAAGCUUUGACAUCACAACCUGACCACCGUUUGCAUGUUAGUAGAUACGAGAUGACUAUUGAAUAAUUGAAUAUUGAGACUGACUGUUGACUUUUGAUGGUGUCUACCUGCAUGAAAAAUACGCAUCGUUUAAAUUAGAAUUAUUAUCUGGCUCCUUUCAUAUUAUUGGAGUUGGCAGUGGUCAUAGAUAAUUAGUUGAAGUGGUCAGAGUCAGUCGUUCACUUGGUCAGGAGGGUGGACAGACGAGUUGGUUCGCUUUCGGUGUUGAUUUCCUACUUCCCUAUUUAAAGAGUUUGGUUGUGCAUUUGUUUUCGUGACUAUUCGGAGACUUGUGGGGUUGCAAAAGUCAGCACUACUGGUUGGUGGACGAAUAAGGGCGAAAUGGCCCGUCUGAGACUGCCCCUAUGCCUUUGUCUGCUCGUAAGUUUCACCGUGGUCACCGUGGUGUCAGGUCAGGAUGACGAGACGAACGGAGGCCUUCACCCCAACUCGAAUCAGAUCGAAAAGCUGUGCAAGGACAGGCCGGAAAAUGAGUAUUUUCGCUUAACCACGGUCGGCGAUUGUCGUGACGUUGUGCGCUGCGAUAAGGCCGGAUUGACGGGGACGAUUCGUCUGGCCGGGGUGAAAUGCCCGAAUGGCUUGGCGUUCGAUAUCUUCAAGCAAACGUGCGACUGGAAAGGACGCGUCAGCAAUUGCGACAAGUUGGAAAAACCACGUAAAAUCCUCCCAAAUUUGGUGACUGAUGAGCCCGUCUGCCCCGACGGUAAAUUGCAAUGUGGAAAUGGAGAAUGUAUUGAAAAGGCUUUGUUUUGCGAUGACAAGACCGAUUGCGCUGAUGGUUCUGAUGAGAAUGCGUGCAGCGUCGAAACUGAUCCCAACAGAUCCCCGGAGUGCGAUACGAACCAAUGCGUACUUCCCGACUGUUUCUGCUCUGCUGACGGUACCAGAAUUCCUGGAGCUCUGGAACCAAAUUCUGUUCCUCAGAUGAUUACGAUCACUUUCAACGGAGCCAUAAACGUGGACAAUGUGGAUUUGUACGCUGACAUUUUCAAUGGUGCUCGUCAAAAUCCAAAUGGUUGUCAAAUUAAGGGAACUUUCUUUGCGUCUCACAAAUACACAAACUAUUCGGCUGUGCAGGAGUUGCAUCGACAAGGUCACGAAAUCGCCAGCUUUUCUGUGACCAACAAGGAUGACCCAAAAUAUUGGACGGAUGGAAGCUACGAUGACUGGUUAGCUGAAAUGGCUGGAAACAGGCUUAUCAUCGAACGAUUUGCUAAUAUUACUGAUGGAUCCAUUAUUGGGUGUCGUGCUCCCUACCUGCGAGUUGGAGGAAAUAAGCAAUUCGAAAUGAUGGCUGAUCAGUUCUUUGUCUACGACGCGUCCAUCACUGCCCCCUUGAGCCGAGUUCCCAUCUGGCCAUACACUCUCUACUUCAGAAUGCCGCAUAAAUGUCACGGAAAUGCACAAAAUUGUCCAUCCAGGUCUCAUCCCGUUUGGGAAAUGGUCAUGAAUGAGUUGGAUCGUCGUGAUGACCCCACUUUCGACGAGUCUCUUCCCGGUUGUCACAUGGUUUCGUCUUGCAGCAACAUUCAAACUGGUGAUCAAUUCGGCCGACUUUUGCGACACAACUUCAACCGACAUUUCUCCACCAACCGUGCCCCAUUGGGUCUUCACUUCCAUGCUUCGUGGCUCAAGUCUAAGCGUGAAUUCAGAGAAGAGUUGGGCAAAUUCAUUGAUGAAAUGCUAGCCAGGAAUGACGUUUAUUUCGUCACGAUGCUUCAAGUUGUCCAAUGGAUGCAAAACCCCACUGAACUGACUGCCCUCCGAGAUUUCCAAGAGUGGAAGGAAAAGUGUGAUGUCAAGGGACAACCGUAUUGCUCGCUGCCAAACACCUGCCCCUUGACCACUCGGGAACUUCCAGGAGAGACUUUGCGACUCUUUACAUGUCUCGAAUGUCCACGACAUUAUCCGUGGAUCUUGGACCCCACCGGAGAUGGCCAAGCCUUUUAAACUCUACCCAUUUGCGUUUUAAUUUUACAUGAUUUCGUGAAAUUUAUCUCUCCACAAAUGAUAUGCAAUUCUGCCAAGAUAAACAUGUGCAUGGCUUGCACGAACGAGUUGAAUACUCUGAUUUGUUCUCAUUGUAAACUAUUUUAUUCACAAAUUUUUAAAACAUUUGUAAUUUGUAUAGUGUGAUUUUGUGUUGUAUAACUAUUAUUUUUUGUUUUGUGCGAAUAAAUGAAAGAGUUUUAUACAAAAA